AUUUCGGUCGCAGGCUGUGGGAACUCCCUGCUGAUGAUUCGGAGGAGGAGGUCCUGGUCUUGGAGCUCAGUUGCGGGGAGGCGCGGGUCUGGAGCGCACGCAAGAGCUGACGGUGCGUUCAGGGCCCUGAAGUCUUUUGCUUUCCGCCAAGUCAAGCCGCAAGGAUGCAGCUGUAGCGAGGAAGGAAACAUCACCCGAGAAAGAAACAACCAACCCGCCAGACUUUUCCUGCAAGUUUACACCAACUUUUUAAAGUUAAGUCGAAAAAAAAAAAAAAAUGUACUCAGGGAGAUUUCGCGCAAAGACCCCGGGGCCUGGCGCCGCCUCUGCCCGCUCGCUGCGGUGCCUCGCCGGGCUCCUGCUGCUGCUGGCGCCCGCCCCCGGCUGCGGAGGCUUCAACCUGGAUGUGAACAAUCCGGCCGUUUACAGCGGAGCCCCGGGAAGCUACUUUGGAUACGCGGUGGACUUUUACUUGGCCGAUUCGUCCAGUGCCAGCGUGGUGGUGGGCGCCCCCAAGGCCAACACCAGGCAGAGCGGCAUUGUGGAGGGCGGAUCGGUCGCUUACUGCCCGUGGAGCCUCGGCCAAUCAGAUUGUCACGCCAUCGAGUUUGACGUGGAAGGGGAUCGCAACUUCCUGAUCAACGAUACGCAGCACCAGAUCGACUUCAAGUCCCACCAGUGGUUCGGCGCCACCGUGCGUUCCCACGGCGACACCAUUCUGGCCUGCGCGCCGCUCUACUCGUGGCGGACGGAGAAGGACGUGGCGCGAUCGGACGCUACCGGCACUUGUUACCUCUCCGUGCAGAACUUCACCAAGUUUGUGGAGUACGCCCCCUGCAGGACAGAAAUCAGCGAUGAGGGAGGUCAAGGCUACUGUCAAGGAGGAUUCAGUGCCGACUUCACCACGGACGGCCGGGUGGUGCUGGGCGGGCCGGGCAGCUACUUCUGGCAAGGUCAGGUGAUCUCCGCGGACAAGGAGGACAUCAUCAAGACUUACUACCCGGGGUACUUCAUGCAGUCCGUGGACGGUCAGAUCCAGACCAAGCAAGUCCAGGCUCAACACGACGACAGCUACCAAGGAUACUCCGUGGCUGUGGGCGACUUCACCGGGGAUCAAGUAGAAGACUUUGUGGCCGGCGUUCCGAAAGGAGUCAUGCUUUACGGACUGGUGUCCGUCUUGAACGGGACAGACUUGAAAACCAUGAUUAACUACACCGGCGAGCAGAUGGGAUCCUAUUUCGGCUACGCGGUGGCGACCACCGACGUCAACGGCGACGGGAUGGUGGACCUGCUGGUGGGCGCCCCCAUGUUCAUGACGCGGGGGUCCGACGGCCGCCUGGAAGAAAUGGGACGCGUCUACGUCUACCUGCAGCGCGGGCCCCUGAGGCUGGAGCUCAGCCUGCCUCACCUGACCGGCGCUCAGGUGUUUGGGAGAUUUGGCAGCACCGUGGCGCCGCUGGGAGAUCUCAACCAGGAUGGCUUCAACGACGUGGCGGUCAGCUGUCCAUUCGGCGGUGAGGACCAGCAGGGUUUGGUCUACAUCUACAACGGCUUCCCCCACGGUCUCCGAGAGAAGCCGUCCCAGGUGAUCGCGGGCCAGUGGGCCGCAGGUUCAAUCCCCGCCAGUUUCGGCUUCGCACUCCGAGGCGCCGAGGACCUGGACAGGAACGGUUAUCCGGAUCUGAUCGUUGGUGCCUUCGGCGUUGAUAAGGCGGUUCUCUACAGGUCGCGACCCAUCGUCAACACCAGCGCCUCGCUGUCGGUCUACCCCGCCAUGAUCAACCCGGAGGAGAAGAACUGCAUCAGCACCCAAGGGAACGCCACCGUGGUCGUCUCCUGCGUCAACCUGAGCUUCUGCUUGUCGGCCAACGGGAAGCACCUACCAGACGUCCUCGACUUCCAGGUGGAGUUGCAGCUGGACAGUCAGAAGCUGAAACAGAAAGGAGCGGUCAGGCGGGCGCUUUUCCUGGACUCCCAGCAGCCUUUGCUGCGGCAGAGCGUGAGGGUGCGCAACGGCGAGGAAGUCUGCGACCACACCAAGAUCUACCUCCGAGAUGAGAAGGACUUCAGGGAUAAGCUCUCCUCCAUCUUUGUGGCCCUGAACUUCAGCCUGGAUCCCGGGGCCGCCGCCGACUUGCACGGCCUGAGGCCAAUUCUCAACCAGCGCGACGCUAACGUGAUCGAGCAGAAGGUACUCGGGCACUCUUCUUCUUGGCCUCCCUUUUAGAUCCCGCUGGCUGUUCUCCUAUACCGGGGGUCGGCAAACCAAAAUGUUGAAAGAGCCAUAUUGGACCAAACAUGCAAAAACUAAUCCGUCCGGAGCCGCAAAAAAUUAAAAGCCAUAUCAUGUUAGACCUGCUCGACAUCCCCCUAGAGGGGGGGUUGCCCACUUCUGAGGU